GUUUACGAAGCCCAAACCCAAUCCAGCUCCUGGCGCGUGAAGAUUCCGGCACGUGCAGCAGCACCACCCAGGCUUGGCCCCAGCACCCCCAAACCAAGGACCACCACCCUGGUGCCGGUGGGGGCUCCGUGGGAGCGUGGUGGUGGGUGCUGAUGCAAUGGGUGCCGACGGCCACCGAGCAGAGGACCCCACUGUCCUUGUCACCUUUGGUUAGUGGGAUGAGAGCAAUGGAUUCGGGACCACCGGUACCUGAGGGGGUCCCCAGGGGCAGCUCCUGCAAGAGAGGGGAUUCUGACCCUCUGUUCUUCUCUGCUGAGACUCCACCUCAAGCCUUGUAUCCAGCUCUGGAGUCCUCAGCACGGGAAGGACAUGGAGCUGUUGGAGCGAGGCCAGAGGAGGCCAUGGAGAUGAUCCAAGGGCUGGAGAACCUCCUGUAGGAGGACAGGCUGAGAGAGUUGGGGUUGUUCAGCCUGGAGAAGAGAAGGCUGUGGGGAGACCUUAGAGCAGCUUCCAGGGCUGAAAGGGGCUCCAGGAGAGCUGGGGAGGGGCUCUGGGUCAGGGAGUGCAGGGAGAGGAUGAGGAGGAACGGAUUUCAGCUGAAAGAGGGAGAUUGAGAUGAGAUCUUAGGAAGAAAUGUUUUGCUGUGAGGGUGGGGAGGCCCUGGAACAGGUUGCCCAGGGCAGUGGUGGCUGCCCCAUCCCUGGAGGGGUUCCAGGCCAGGUUGGAUGGGGCUUUGGAGCCCCUGAUCCAGUGGGAGGUGUCCCUGCCCAUUGGAACUGGAUGGGCUUUGAGGUCCCUUCCAACCCAAACCAUUCCAGGAUUCUCUGAGUCCUGGCUGCCCAGAUGCCCCAUCACCCUGACCCUUCGCCUGAUCCCUGACCCCCAGCACCCACCCAUCCUUGGGGACACCAGCGAGGAGGUGCUGGGGUGCAGGUACCCCAGGGACAAGGGGGUCCCUCUGCAGGGGUGACUUCAUCUUCCCCCUCUCUCCCCGUGCGCUGGGCAGCGCGUGGUGGGAAAGAGUUGGACCACGCGGGUGGAAGGAGAGCAUCGCAUCGCAGACGGCUCCGGAGGUGGUUGAGUCUGGCUCAAAUGGGGGGAUUUUCCACAGGGAGAGCGGCUUAAUCGCGGCUUCCAGGGAUUUGGGAUUUAGAUGUUAAAUACGCCAGGAGAUUUCUGCCCACUUAGGGCCAAAAAUGGAACGAGGACAACUCGUGGUGGCUGGCGCUGCGGCGAGGGGCUGUGCGGAGUCUGGAUGGCACUCAGGGUGGAGGCACAGCCUGGUGGGACCUCAACUCCUGCCCCAGGACCAUGAUCUCCUCCAAGGAGAAGACCAGGGCUCCCAAGGACAGCAUGACGCUCUUGCCCUGCUUCUACUUCGUGGAGCUGCCCAUCGUGGCUUCCUCCAUCGUGACCCUCUACUUCUUGGAGCUGACAGACCUUUUCAAGCCGGCCAAGGUGGGCUUCCAGUGCUACGACCGGGCGCUCUCCAUGCCCUACGUGGAGACCAACGAGGAGCUCAUCCCACUGCUCAUGCUGCUCAGCUUGGCUUUUGCUGCACCUGCUGCUUCGAUCAUGGUCGGGGAGGGCAUCGUGUACUGCCUGCAGUCCAGGCUGAAGGGACGCGCCGGUGCCGAGGGCAGCAUUAACGCCGGCGGCUGCAACUUCAACUCCUUCCUGCGCCGGACCGUAAGGUUUGUGGGCGUCCACGUCUUCGGGCUCUGUGCCACAGCCCUGGUGACAGACGUUAUCCAGCUGGCCACCGGCUACCACGCGCCCUUCUUCCUGACCGUCUGCAAACCCAACUACACGCUGCUGGGCACCCCCUGCGACGCCAACCCCUACAUCACCCAGGACAUCUGCUCAGGCACGGAUAAGCACGCCAUCCUCUCCGCCAGGAAGACUUUCCCAUCCCAGCACGCGACGCUCUCGGCUUUCGCUGCCGUCUACGUGUCGAUGUAUUUCAAUUCCAUCAUCUCGGACAGCACCAAACUCCUCAAACCCAUCUUGGUCUUCGCCUUUGCCAUCGCCGCUGGCGUCUGUGGGCUGACGCAGAUCACGCAGUACCGCAGCCACCCCGCUGAUGUCUAUGUGGGCUUCUUGAUCGGCUCCGGCAUCGCCGCCUACCUGGCUUACCACGCCGUCGGCAACUUUCGCGCCCCGACGGAGAGGGUCGCGGCACCGGCGCCGGCCAAGGAUGCUCUACGAGCACUGACGCAACGGGGUCACGACUCCGUCUACCACCAGAAUAAGUCGGUGAGCACCGACGAGCUGAACCCGCAGACGCGGCUGGAGGAGGUGGCACGGCCGGUGCAGCGGGAGAAGAACUCCUUGGGUAGCCUCAAACGGGCCAGCGUGGACGUGGACCUGCUGGCCCCCCGCAGCCCCAUGGGCAAGGAGAACAUGGUGACCUUCAGCAACACCCUACCCCGCGUCAACACCCCUUCCAUGGACGACCCGGCACGGCGCCACAUGACCAUCCACGUCCCCGUGGACGCCUCCCGCUCCAAGCAGCUCAUCACCGAGUGGAAGCAGAAGUCUCUGGAAGGCCGGAGCAUGACGCUGGCGGAGGAGGGAGCGCACAACCGCGGCGCCGGGGAUGCCGGUGAUGACGUCCCCCCUUCUCUUUACCCUACGGUGCAAGCACGCUCGGCCGAGCGGGCGGCCAUGGGGCCUCGUGUCCUCAUCCAGCCCCGGGCGGGUGCCUCGCAGCUGGUGCACAUCCCCGAGGAGAGCCAAACGGGCGCCAGCAUGGCGGCCGGCAGCGGGGCGGCCGUGCGCGCCAAGUGGGUGAUGGUGGCGGAGAAGACGGGAGCGCAGCGAGUGGCCAACCCUCCGCGCUUGAUGCAGGUCAUCGCCAUGUCCAAGCAGCAGAGCAUGGUCUCCGUCACCCCUAAGCACUCGGAGACCUCUUCGUCCUCCACCAGCUCCGACUCCUCGCAGUACCGCUCGCCCUCGGAGCGCGACAGCGCCAGCAUCAUCACCAUCGACGCCCACGCCCCGCACCAUCCCGUCGUCCACCUUUCCGCCGGCAACGGGCCCUGGGAGUGGAAAUCGGGGCCGAAAGGGCCGGAGGGGUCGGAUGGCUACGAGUUGGGCGAGAUGGGCAAAGAUUUCCGUGGUUUCCACCCAGCCAAGAGCGCCGGGGGCGUCUCACCGGGCUCCUCCGUCAGCGACAUGGAGCAGGAUGAGCCACGUUACGGCAGCCUGGCCGCUAUCCCGGGGGCGACGGGGGGCAGCGGGGAGCGGGGCGACGCUCCCCCCGAGGGGCUACUGGGGACGGCCAGUCGCGAGUCCACGCUGCGGAGGAAGCCGGCCGAGAGGGAGGGGACGGCGGACAGCGAGGUGGACCACUACUACAAGAAAAUGCAAACCAGCCGGAGGUUUAAGGACUGAACCCGCGUUGCCUUCCCUUUGCCCGGACCCCCCAAAUCCCCUUCCUCGCCUUCGAGGGGGGGAUUCUGUACCAUCCGGGGCUUUCUCUGCUUGGAGAGGCGUUAGGAUGGGGCUGAUUUUGGCAUCGGGGCGACCGAGCAGCACGGGAACGCCGUCACACAGCUGAGAUAUUGGGGGGACCCCCCCCAAUGGGGGAUCUCGCUCCUGUCCAGGCAGCUUUGGGGGGCUCAGAGGUCUCUGCCCCUUCCUCGGUCCAGGGCAGCUCCAAGCACUUUUGACUUUCUUUUUCUCUCUUAACGCAGGUGCUGAUAUUUCGGAGGGGUUAAUUUAUUCCGGCUCUGGAAGCAUUUGGUUGCUCGGGGGGGGGGCAAAAGGGGCUUUUGGGGG